UCCUCAGGGGAAGAAAAAUUGAAAGAGAGUUCACCUUUUUUUCUCCUUAGAGAAAGAGAGGAGUCCUUCCUUUUUAAGGGUUCGAGUGCGAGGAGUGGCCGUGAAUUCCGAAGCUGACCGCCGAAACGGGGGGGCGCUCCUCUUUUCCCUUACCUGAGCGGCGUCGUCUUUUUCUCCUUCUUCGGUUUUGACGCGCUUCUUCAGCUAUGGGAAGCCAGAUGGUCUCGAUUUUCCCCGAAGAGCUUAGCUUUGCAUUUGAGCUGGACAAGCAGAGCUAUUGCAAUCUAAAGCUAGUAAACAACAGUGAACAUUAUGUUGCUUUUAAGAUCAAGACAACUGCCCCAAAAAAGUACUUUGUGCGUCCCAAUACUGGUGUAAUACAACCAUGGGAUACAGUUGUAAUUUUAGUCACUCUUCAAGCACAGCGAGAAUAUCCACCUGACAUGCAAUGCAAAGAUAAAUUUCUUGUACAGAGUGCGAGGGUGCCUCCUAAUAUAGACCCGGACGAGAUUCCUCCUGAGACUUUCAACAAGGAUAGUGAAAGAAAGGUGGAAGAAUGCAAGCUUAAGGUUGUUUACACUGCUCCUUUGGCAAAUGGUCCACGAAGCUUAGAAGACCAUUUGCUAUUUCAUUCAUCAAUGUCACGGAGCUCAAGGCAUACUGCUGAUAGUAACUCUAUGCACAGUGUUGGAAGCUCUGAGGAGAGUCAGGCCAUGAUCCACUUGAGGGAGGAAAGAGAUGCUGCUCUUCAGCGACAUAGGAAGUUGCAGCAAGAGCUGGAGAUGCUGAAGAAAAGCCAACUCCAGAGAAGAGCAAGUUUCUCAUUAAAGUUGAUAAUCAUGGUCGGCCUUGUAGGAAUUUUGAUUGGGUAUAUAUUAAGCCUUGCAUGCUCUAUACGUUCUAGUGAAAAAGCACAUGAUGAGCUAUGAAGUCUUUCCAAGUUUCGAAAUCAGCCUACAUGAAAGGGGAGGUAUCAUACAUCCCCCUUAUAUGUUUUUGGUUGCUUAUGGUUCUUCCAUAAUGCAACUUUUUCUUCUUGUGAGCAAAUGGGUUUUUUCUUUUUUUUUUUUUCUCACUGGAUGUAAAUUUGCGUUGUAUUUGAUUGAUAAAUUUGCUUCAUUUAUGUAAGUCAAAUGCCAAAUAACUUCUAUUAUGUAAAGGAAAUAUUUAUGCGACAACAGGCGUCUUCUAUACA